AUGUCGCUUGUGAUCGUCCCAUGCGAGGGCCCCCUGGACGAGUUGACUACUGACAAACCUAUAGUCUUGGCCAAUAUAUGCAUCGCCUACCCUGGUGGACGCGGGGGUGGUCAGGCCAUUAUCGAGAGAUCAGGCCGUACGAAAAUAUCGCAUUUUGCUAACACUGUGAUGCGCUGCUCAUGCCUGGCCGGUUCUAGAUUGGAGGUCCGGAGCUCCGGCUGUGAUGUCCUGACAAAUCUCGAGGCUGGCAGUGCAGCGUGCUUUAGUCAUGAAACAGCAGCCAGACUGGGGGCGCUGGAUGAUCAUGCUAACCUCUUGGGCUUCUUCUGUGGCAAACAAGGAAAUCCACGAUCAAGUGAUGAGGAAGAUGAAUAUAGGUAA